CAGCAAUACCUCAACGUAGAAGAGGAGAAAGCACUGGUUGCGUUCUUGCUACUAAUGUCUAGUUUCGGACAACCCGUCCGCAUUAAGUAUAUACCAACGCUAGCCUUCAGCAUUGCCCGACAUCGAUCCCCCACGACUCGAUCGAAGAAGCCUCCUGGUAAGAACUGGGCUCAAGCCUUUGGGAAGCGCCACCCCGAACUCAAAUCGAAGAGAGUAAGGUCUAUAGACUGGAAGCGUCACGAGGUGCACAUAUAUGAUAAAAUC